CCUCCUGAGCCGGGGAGGGGAGGAGCGACGCGAAAAAGGGGCGGAAGUGCAAACAAGAGCCCGAGGAGAGCGAGCUUCGGCUUGCCGUCUGCUCUCACACGCUCGCGAGUUUGCUGGGAGCGCCUGCGCGUCGUCGGUGUGCUGCUGCCUGUGCGCCCUGAACUCCGCGCGCCUCGGAAGCAUUCAUUCUCUGGAAUUAAAUCUUGACUUCCAGACGCCAUGAACAACUACAGCGUUUCUUUGGUUGGUCCAGCCCCCUGGGGUUUCAGGCUUCAAGGUGGCAAAGACUUCAACAUGCCUCUGACCAUCUCUCGGUUGAGUGAUGGAGGCAAAGCGGCUAAUGCAAACGUGGGAAUAGGUGACGUUGUUCUCAGUAUCGAUGGGAUAAGUGCCGAUGGCAUGACUCACCUGGAAGCACAAAACAAGAUCAAGACCUGUUCAGGCAAACUGACUAUGAAUCUGCAAAGAGCACCUUCUGCUCCGAAACCUGAUCCCAUACCUGUGCAACAGGUAGAGCCUAAGGAACUAGUUAAGCCUGUGCCCAUUCCGUCCGCAGUCGUGCCCAAAGUUCCAUCCACAGCCAACAUAGCCUUCAAUAAGGCCCCAAGACCCUUUGGGUCUAUGGCAGCUUCCAAGAUCACGUCCAUUCCAUCGCCAUCAUCUGCCUUCACUCCAGCUCAUGCAAGUUUUUCAUCACAUGCUUCCCUUACACCACUGGCCAAUGUCACGCCUCCCACUUUCACCGCCUCCGGACUGCAUGCUAACGCCAAGUCUAACGCUGACCAGCGUUCACCUGAGCUGAGCGCUGCUAAACCUGCAGUUAAUAUCCCAUGGCAGCCCACACACAAUGCAUCCUUGAACACCUCUUUCAACGACAAUGCCCAGGAGGUGGCAGAGGGACAGCGAAGAGGAUUCAGAGAGAACCAGGGUGACAGUAAAGAGCAAAAUGGUCCACCUCGGAAGCAUGUUGUGUAUACAAAUACAGAGUUUUACCACCCACCCACUCACAGCAACAACAGCAAGAAACGAUUGAUGGAGGAUACCGAGGAUUGGCACCCAAGGACAGGAACUACCCAGUCACGUUCUUUCCGCAUCCUUGCACAGAUCACUGGCACCGAACACAUGAAAGAACCAGAACCUGAUAAUUCAAAGAAAGCAAAGGAAAAGGUUCCCCUUCACAUCAUAGGUCCCAGAUACACAAAAUUACGUGACUGGCACCAUGGCGUCUCAGCACGUGUCCUUAACGUCCAGUGACUUGCCAAGCUUUAAAAACAAAGCACGUGUCCCUUCCUUCUUCCUCUUCCUCUUCCACUUGCUUUGCAAAAAAAGAAAAGAAAUGAAAACCAUUAGCUUUGAUUACAUGAGAAAUUCUAGCCUUUUCUAUACUUUUUUUCCUAACAGUUUCCUACUGAUGUGUAAAGAAUGAGAUGAACAUGUUCUGUUUUAAAAUCAGUAUCUAAAUAGGCAGCCAGCACACAAGUGGCAUACAGAAUAUUCUAUGUAGCUUGGAGAAGAACCUGUUCUUGUCUGUUGCAGAGAAAGAAUAGGCUGCAGAAGUAGAUAAUAUGGAAAAGGGACAGUACAUUAAGAAACCAUUCUGCUAUUUCUGUACAGCUUUGUUUGAAUUUGGUAAAAAUCGGUUGUUAGUUUCCUUAUAUAGCUUCUUCGAAAUCAGUAGUAGGUGCAUUUUAGAGCGGGAUGUAAAUGUUUCAAAUGCAUUAAAGGAAAAAGAGGCCAUUAUGGGGAUUUCAGUAAUGUUAGCAUAAUGCAACUCUGCUCAACUUGAGAGAAAUGUCACUGUGCAUACAUGGUUUAGAAACUCUCCUCUGCUAUAAAGCUAGGAAAAAUAACACUGGAACAGGGCCAUGUAUAACAACCAAUGAAAAUAGUAUGAGGUAGUGAAUGUAGGUUUUAUUUAUUAUGGGGUGGUUUUUUCUUUGUCCUUAAUAGCAGCUUUGA